CUACGGCUUUAGGUUUUUUUAGACUUUUUUAUUAUUAUUAUUAUUUUUUCAAAAUAAAUAAAUAAAUAAAUCUCUAUUUCUCACAGUGAUCGUCUUCUAAUUCUGCAUUGUUCGUCAUCUACUUGCUGCCCCUUUGCCAUCAUGAGUCUUACUGUAAUCAUUGCAAUGGAAAGCCUCUCUUUCUCUCUCUUCUGCCAUUUCCCUUUUUGUUCGUCUCUCUUCUAUUUAUACUUCCAAUCUCCUUCUCCGCCAUUGCUAACCAGUUCUUCCAAGUCGACCUUCUCUGCAGCAGCAGCCGAAAUAUGUGCGAUUCUUCUCGAUUGAACCUCACUCGUUCGUUUUUAGAUUCUCGCCAUCGCCGCCGGCCGAUUCGAGUUUACAGGCUUUUGAGGAGGAUGAGAUUCAAGAAGGAAGAGGCGAAUACGGCGGGCGUUAAGGUAGAGAUGGAGAUCAAGAAUUUGAAACUGUACAUGGAGAAUCAGAGCAUUAUUGAGGAGAACGAGAGGCUGAGGAAGAAAGCGUUUCUUCUUCACAAAGAGAAUCAGGUUUUGUUAUCUCAACUCCAGAAUUUCUCCAAGCAAAAACCACAGCCUAGCUCCAAUUUGAGCGCCUGGCUCGAAAAUUGAAAAUCGUCUGUAACAAAGAAUCAAGUAGAGGAUCUCUCAACCUUUGAUAACUUUCUUGCUUCCGAUUUCUUUCUUUCUUUCUUUUUUCCUACGAUUCCUUGGUAUGUAAUCUGUUAUUUUGACAAUAAGUUAGGUUUAGAUCUUGAGGGGAGGGGAAUAAGGGUAAAAUUCAGUUAUUAGGGGAUAGAUUUUCAGAACAUAGUGAUGUUAUGAAGUAUCAUGAAGCAAAACUCUGUAGUCUGUACUGUAAAAUUCGAUCUAUCGAAAUUCUCCAUUGAUGAACCUUUGUUUGUGUGAUCAAACUCCAUUGAAGAAGCUUGGUUGGUGCUUUGUU